AUGAGUGCUUCCUAUUCACAUGGCGAUAUUGCAAUCAUCGGCAUUGCCUGUCGUUUCCCUGGAGGAGCGUCAGACCCCGAGAAGUUCUGGGAUCUUCUUUCCAACAAACGGUCGGCCUUUACAACCGUCCCUAAAGACCAAUAUAAUGGUGACGCUUUCUAUCACCCGGCGAGAGAGAAACUCAACACUCUCAGUGCGCGAGGCGGGCACUUUCUGAACGAGAAUAUCACCACUUUUGAUGCCCCUUUCUUUCACAUCACCGCCCAGGAAGUCACAGCAAUGGAUCCAACAGCACGUAUGCUGCUCGAGGUCACGUACGAGGCGCUGGAGAACGCAGGUCUGCCCGUCGAAAAUGUGGUGGGGAGCGAUACUAGCUGCCAAGUCGGCUGCUUCACACGCGACUGGCACGAGAUGUUGAUGUGUGACGCUGAGACCGCGCCCCUCUACGCUGGCACAGGCACGGGGUUUUCGCUGCUCUCCAACCGCAACGCCUUGCGUGACAGGGAUUUUAUACAUUCCGUCAUCCGUCGCACAGGAAUUGAUUAG